CACCGAUGAAGACUAAAGCGAAAUCAAAACGUCCAAUAUACCGCGGGGGAUUCGCGUUUUACCGCUAUGUGGCAGUCGAGUUUUGAACUUCUACCUGUGCGCAAGUCUUUGGCUGACGUCGCAGACGCCAAAUCGGCAGAGACCGGACCAGACCGAGUCAUCCAGCCGUGUGUGAAUAACCGGGGAGUAGACAAGACAGAAAGUCAGUUAGUUUGUGUCAGCCGCGGUACGGUAAAGAGACUUGAACGCGAGUUUGUUGUUUUGAAUCCAUUUUUUUUUGGGAGUGAUUUCUUUUUUCGUCUAAUGUUCAGCGCUCUAAUGAAUUAGGCGGAAGUGUGUUCCGUAAGCGAGGAAAGCGACUAGUUGAAGAGCCAUUCUUGCAAGUGAUCAUCGUCGGUGUGCUUUCGGUCGAUCGAGUGAUAUUCGCGUGCUGCUGUAAGAAGCUUCCCCGUCAAGAGCGAGAGGAUCGGUGCAUUGCUCCUUGUCGAGUUUGAUUGCGUGGAAACUGGAAAUGAGCCGAAGAAACGGUCUAGUAGGAAAGUAGUAGUAGUAGUAGCAAAUAGCAAAAAGCGGAUGAUUUUAGUGCAGUUCUGAAGUGUGUCGUUACAUCUUGUGUUGAACAGCGUUGUUUUGAGCUGAGAAAGUGGCAUCGGAUAAGUAGUAAUGCAGAAGACGCCGACUGACGGGAAUAAUCGAGAGAUAAGUGCGUUCGAAAUAUGUGAGAUUGGAUUAAUGUAGGUAGAAAAAGUGAUGAUUGUUAUUUUACACUACCCGGUAAUUUGUUGAUUGGAGAGUUGCAAAUUGCAUCAAUGGCAUUCGAUAGCAACGAGUAGUGAAAAUUAACGAAGUCAGUUAUUCAAAUAGAAUAGCUACUCGUAGAUUAAUGUGGAAAAAAUACUCAAAUACUUGUUGUAAACACAUCAACUAGUCUCCGAGAAGAAAGAAGCCUUUGAAAUAUUUUUAUUUUACUCACACAUUGAUGCGGAUCAUCUUAGUCCCACGAAAGCAGCAGCAGCAGCAGCAAAGACGACAACUUUCGAGGCUCCUUGGAUGCCGUCUUCGUUGUUAAACCGUCACACGUUCGGUCUUCGGAACAUUUUCAUUUUUCUCAGACGAGUGUGCCCGGGGUGUGUGUGUGUGCGUAUGUAUGCUUCUCCAUAGCAACCUCGCGCGGAAAGCGGUAGAUACACACGGGAAAAAGUAGAAGCGUUUUACAAUCAUUAUUCUCGUUCGGUCGUUGACGAGACCAAAACGUGCAGCCCAAGUCGAAAGUCAGCCACCACGGUCGGUCGGUGUGUGGCGGUGAGUGAGUAACAAUUCAAACGAUAAGAAGGGGUAGGCGCGCGAAAGGCCGGCGAAACAAGCAACAACAAGAGAAAUAAAAAAAAACACACGAAAAGGUGAAUUGAAAGCAAACGAGACGCGAAAAAAAACAACAGCGAACCGUGGCAGGAAGAGAAAAUUAAACGCGGAGAAAUUAAAAAUUAUUUUCCGUCGGCCUAUUUACGCUAUGAGGUCAAACACCGACGCCAGAGAGGGUAAGCACUUUUAUCAUACCGCCGGAAGAAGUGUGGCAAUCCAGGGACAUUACGCUGCAUCCGUGACUCCGACGGCCGAUUGAGUGAGCGAAAUGAGCUGGUUAAUCGACGACUAAUCAAGGAAGUGUGUCGUGCCCUGAUGAAGAAAAUGUACUGAUGUGAUCCGUGUAUGCCUGCGAGCUAAGAUCGCCUGCUGUGAUUGCAUCCACGAAUCUUUGGCGCAAUUUUCACCUCGAUGUUCCCGCCUGAAUCGUCAGGAUUGCAACGCCAUUCGCCAUUCCGUUAGAAUAAAAUCCAACCAAACAACCUGUUUUGCGCGCAAUCGAUCUCAAUCAGACUCCAGUACUUAUGAUCCUGUAAGUGUAGCCUGCAAACGAUAACGAUUGAUCCGUCACACGACAACGGUCACCAUUACACCACCAACAUUCAGCACCAUCCCCUUCGUCACCCAACUGCACGUUCCAGCACCACCACCACCACCACACACUUUUUCACCGUGUCGCAACAUAAGGCUGUUACGGAUAUACCGCGCUUAUCACCGCCGUCGCCACCACCCCCCAAACCGAACAAAGAUGUGAUAGUGCCACACCCGGCGUCAUUCAGCCAGCAAAUUGCAAACUACUUUCUCCGCAUCCGCCGUCGAACGACGCAAGUUGUCCACCAUCAGGAUAGCAGUCCUUUCCUUACACCCCAUCCCCCUGACGGUUCCGCUACCAAUAAUAACACCACCUCAUCCACGGCAAUGGCCGCAACGGAUGGCCAAAUCAUACUGGCGGCAUCUCGUUUCGGCGACACGCAACCAGUCUAUCUGAAAGAUUUCGCCAAAACCGACCUGCCAGCGGUCGGUAAGAUCGUCAAAGGCCAGUACUACAAUCUUGGUGUACCAACACUCUCGAAUCCUUCACUGCAGAGUACCGCUCUGUUCCUGAAUGCCGGAAGGAAGUACCAGAUUCUAGCGCAACCGGUGAAGAUCAAGGAAGGUCGCAAGAGUUCGAAUGUUGGCCCCAAAGUCCUCAUCCCCGAAACCUAUCCCGGGUUCUUUGAACUGCUCAGUGAAGAUGGUCGGUCAACGCGAUGCAUCGAGAGUGUGCUGGAACUAUCGAAGCGACGGAAUUUCCGUGUUUUGGUGCGCGAAACCUUACGCUGCAACCACAACAGCAAGUCGCUGCAUGCGGGCGAAAUUCUCACGACGAUCUCAGACAACGGCAAGUAUCUGCAGUGCAAGACAUCAAAGGACGAAAUCGUUAGUUUGCCAUUAGAAGCCAAAGCCAAAUUUUCACCUAUUGCUAAAGAGGAUAGUAUUAGCGGUGUACAUUCAGUCAGCAAUCUGUUGCAGAAACGAAUGCCAGUAACUGUUAGGUUAGUUCACGGAACGGCACCCAAAGGGAUGAAACAACCAUUCAUACCGGAGCUGCGUUUGCUGGGUUGCGUCGAAGUAGAUCGGAUAUUUGCUCUGCCGCUCCAGAAAGAUAUGGAUUUGAUAUCAGUUCCACUGAAUGCCAAGAUUAAGAUCCAAAGGGCCAAGAACAUGGAACAGUUGGAUCAUUUUAUCGAAUAUUCUCGUUUCUUGGAUAAAGCGCAACGUCUUUUGGUAGAUGCGCGCGAUAGACUGCAGAUAAUUGACCUCAAGUUGGGUGAAAAGGACAAAAAGGAAACCACGAAGCAGGCAGGAAAUAGGAAGGUAACAUCCAGUGUAUCCGGUUUGACCGCCAAUGGCUAUGUACUGAAGAAAAGCAACAGCUGUGAUUCGAAUCGGUUUUCCCCGCCACUGGGCGGUGGCAGUCAAAACGGAUCGAUUGCCGAUGAAUACGACGAAAUUGACCAGAUCUACGACUACGUUCGUGGCCUAGCACCGUUACCGAAGAACCUCAACAAGUUUGAGGCAAUUGUGGAACCUGUUUCAACGCCGGCUUUUGUUCCGGUAGCCACUCACCAGCAUAACCUCAAAACAGUCGAAAACAUGAAAUUUUCCAGCACUAGCAUUAACAACAAUUACAGUCACUACGAUACAGGCAACUAUUCGAACAUUAUUAAACACACCAACAGCAGCAGCAUCAUGAACGGCAACAGUUUGGAAUCGGCGAAGCAUAGCUCCGCGGCAGCAGCUGCCAAUGCUGCCAACAAUAAUCACAUCAUCGUUCAUAAAGAGGAACACAAACCGAUUCCUCCGCCGAUCGAAACCAUCCCGGGCAAAAAAUUGCCCGAAAAACGACAACGACCGACGCUGCCAAAGUUGUACUUCAAAAACAACCUCGGAGUGCACCAGAAGAGUCCGACGUCCGGUGCGGUCAGUCCGCUGGGCGGUCCAACUUCCGGACAUCCGGGACAGUUAACCGUUACCGGAACACCGAAGGAGAUUUUAAUGGAACCACAAAGUCCGCUGUUUCAUAUUCGCUACAAAAGCCUCAGUUCGCUGCAGCUGGCCCAGGAUUCCCAUCCGCCGACACCGAUCUCACCCUCACCCAAGGGCACCCAGGAAAAGAACCAUAUGCUCUCGAAGUCAGCCAGUACCGGUCGCGAAGGAACCCUGGAUUCGUCCCGCAGUGGCGGACGUACCUCCGGCGACUCCAAGCUACCGGAGAAGAAAACCCGCCGGCUGAGUCGACCCCGGAGCCUCUCGAAUCUGGUAUGGGACUUGCGCCCUCAUAAAUCGGAAAAGUCCAAGAAGAAGCUCUACCUGCAUCAGUUCGAUCGGCAGCAGGGAACUCUGUAUCUGUGAGGCUAGCAGAGUCGAACUUGGGAAUUGAUGUGUAAAGAAAAGUUAAAAAGAUUUCGUCAUUAGUUUUAGUCAACUGCUGAAGUAGUUCCAACGACUUGAAACCAGAUAUCAGGUUUUGUUAAUUUUCCAUUCCAGUGAAUCGUGUUAUUUAACUAUUAAAACUCCAUUCCAUGUGAUGAAGUCUCCAUAGAAAAGCUAAUCCGUCAUAUCGUAGAUAUCACAAAAGUAAGGAGAAAUUUACUAAUCAAUUGAUGCCAUUAGAAUACAACACUUUACAUAUGCAGAGCCUAAUUCUGCAUUGACUUAAGCGACUUCUACCUACGUUCUUACUCAAUCAAUUCAGUGUUCAACCAAAACUGCCCUUUGUUAUUUAUUAAAAAAGAAAAAAUCUAAUUGAAUUUAUGAUAAUUAUAAUUACUCUUAUAGAAAAUGUGUUGUUUGACACUUGAGCAGUGAUUUUUGAAAAUGUCAAAACACGGAAACGGAAAAAUAAGAAGUAAUCCAGAAACAGGCAACUAGGCUCUGCAUAAAUUUUUGUUUUUUCGUUAACUUAUGUAUCUUAACAUAAACAGAAGGCAUUAUGAUAAAUAAGAGCAGGAUUUGCUUGGUUAGCGCAUGCUGUUAGGGUUGGAAUACACUAAAACUAAACAAAACGAUAAAGCAAAGGAAACUCAUAUACCUAUCAGACAGUUUAUAGUUUUACUUUCGCCAUUCGUCGUUAAGGCUGUGGUAUUAUUACUAAUAUGUGUUGUUCAAGUGACUUAAUAUAAAAACAAAAUAUAAUAAAUGAUGCAAACAAGAUAAACGACAAUUAGAACCUACACAUCGUUUCACCAAUCGGUUUGAUUAAGUUAAAGAACAAAACAAAGACAUUAUUCAACUAAUUUUUUUUAUCGAAGCCCGUCUACAGAUUCAUUGUGUUUAACCACUUGAAAAGUUCAAGUUCUUUUGCUUUUCCGACGUGAGGUCCCGAUUCGAUCUUAAGCAGUCACAGGAAACCAUUCGAAUUGUGUGUUCAAUUUGAUAAACAAUUCCCAAGCUAAGUAAAGCAACUGAAAUUUUAACUUUUCAAACCCAGCAAUUUUCAUUAGUCCUUACAUUUACGUGAAUUAUGAAAAGUUAGCAAUUUAACAAAUCUACUUGGUAAGGUUUUAACACAGCAAAACAAUGUAUGCAUGUAUAUGGAUUAGUGACAGCUAAACAGUCAGAUUUUGUUCCAAAUCCUUGUAAACGUUAGCCUUUUCAUUUAAUUUUUAACUUUGAAAAAGAGGAAGCUGUCUGUAAACAAUACUAUUUGAUUUUUGGCGAACGAAAAAAAUUCGAAUUCUUCGUAUUUGUAGCGACAAGACUAGCAGCAUAUUUAUGCAUCAAAUGUGUCCUCUUGGGAAUUUGUAAACAUUGUAAGUGAGAGACUUCCAGUUCUCAAAUAUCCAUCAAGUCUAUUGAAAAAUAUUUUAUUGAAAAAGAUGAGAAAUAAAUAUGGAAAAGUA